UGAAUUUGACCAUACACAGUAAAAUAUGCAGAGUUUUGGACUCAUAUAUCCACUGUAUUCGUAGUGCGAAUCGUAGUCUUUCAAUUUACCAAAUAUCACACUGUAAAGCUAGAAACAAAGACAGGAAAAAUGUUCACGUCACACGGCUUUAUCUAACGUGGGUGGCAUAUGCGAUGGACCCUCUCUGGCCAAUGGAUACUGCCUGGCCAAUUUGAUACUGUUUUUGCCACCCUAGUAUCUGCUUGGAGAUUAUUGUCGUCAUACUUACCUACCCAUCAGGCAUCGUAAACCUUAUAAACGUCACAAUACGUCACUACGGUCUCUUUUCGACCCUUAUUUCUGACGUCAUAAUCCUAUUUACAGCUGUGAAAGUUUGAGAUGAGUUUGAGUGGCCAGGCACGUUCUGCGUCCCUCAACCUUGUCAGGUAUUUCACAGUCGCGAAAGUCGACGUCAUUUGAUGACACGAUGUUCAGUUUUCUCUUGAUCAACGCUGUCUUCCUGCUACAGGUUGUAGCCAGACUCUUCGGCGUUCUGAAGAGAGCCGUGAACGUGCGAUUCGUUCGCAGUGAGAAGUGUGCAAGUGCAGUGCCGCCCCCACCCGUGGUGAGGGAGCCUAGCGGCCCUGCACAAGAGUCUGGCACAUCGGUGAGGAAGAAAACAAGGCCCAACGAUGAGUCGUGCGCAACUUCAGUAAAGAAGAAAUCCCGGCGAAGUGACCUGAACGGGCCUACCGACAAUGCGAACCCGCCGAAGAUCAAGGCUGCAGAGCCCGACAAACCCAGCCCCUCUGUACGGGCUCCCGGUACAGCCAAGGGCAAACCGAAGGCGACAUUCGGCGGAAUGAAGGCCGGGUUCUUGCUACAGUCUCCAAAGAAGAAGCCUCAGCCCAAGAAAGAGUCAGCAGCAAAGGCAGACAGCUCCAAGGCCGUGAAGGCUCCGCCUGAACAAAGUCUGAAGAACACAGCAUCUGCGGGUCAGAAGGAUCCCGCCGCCGAGGCCGGUCACCCGAAAGUGAGCCCCUCUCAGAAGAAGGAAGAUCCCCAAACCCCCUUGGCCAGUGCCGGAGAGAAUUCGGGCCAGAAGCAGGCUCAGUCUCCGCGCCCCACUACUGAGUCCGGACAGACUCCCCACCAGUCAUCCUCGUCAGAGGUGAAGCAUGCUUUUUCUAUUACUCAUGAAACUCGAUAA